AAAAUGCAAAUAUGAGAAUGUUUUUCAUUUUUGUGAGGGUACACUACAGCAUUUUCAUUUCCUCCGUAUUCUCUGAACAACCCUCUCCGUCCCUCCGCGGCGGCGCUCCGUUUCCGACCACCAUCGAGCUUGCACGAUCACCUUCCUCACAACACCAGAUUGCAAUUUCCAAAAUUAGCUUUUCCUUUUUAUUAGUGAAAGAAUAGAGGAGAAGAAAAAUGCUUAGAAGGAGGCUCUCUGCUCUCUCGACAUCGAUCAUCAGAAGCUCAAUUCACAGCAAACCUGUUAUAAGACACCCAUCUAUCCAACUUCACCCUGUGCAGUUCCCUCACUCUCGCAAUGCUUAUUCAGCAUUUAAUCCCAAUACACUCCAGGGUUUUCAAGGUUUUAGAGCUUACAGUCUUCUGAUGUUGAAUGAUCUGAGAGAUAAUGUUCCCAGAAAACAGAAGAUAAGGAGGGGGCGUGGGAUUGGGUCUGGAAAGGGAAAGACUGCUGGGUUCGGCCACAAAGGUCAGAGAGCCAGAAAAGGUUCGAAAUUGGGGUUUGAAGGAGGCCAGACCCCUCUUCGUCGAAGAAUGCCAAAACGUGGGUUCAAGAACCCUUUUAGCCUCACAUUUCAGCCAGUAGGGUUGGGAAAAAUCGCAAAGCUUAUCAAUGCAGGGAAGAUAGAUUCUUCUGAACUGAUUACAAUGAAAACACUCAAGGACUCAGGGGCAAUAGGGAAGCAAAUACAAGAUGGAGUACGGUUGAUGGGGCGUGGCUCUGAACAGAUUCUGUGGCCCAUUCAUCUAGAGGUAUCAAGGGUCACUGUUAGAGCUAAGGAAGCAGUUGAAGCAGCUGGUGGGUCUGUGAGAAAGGUGUAUUACAAUAAGUUGGGCUUUAAGGCACUGCUGAAGCCAGAAUGGUUUGAAAAGAAGGGAAGAUUGUUGCCUAAAGCAGCUAGACCUCCUCCAAAGCAAAAGGAUAAAGUUGAUAGCAUUGGUCGGCUGCCUGCACCAACCAAGCCAAUUCCAUUUUUAGUUGAAGGAAGCAAAGAUGUUCCCGUUUUAUCAGCUUAAUUAUGACAUGUUUGGAUCAACUUCGAUUUCCUUAAAAUCAAUUCUGAAAUCCAGAGGCUACUCACAGAAGUUUCUCUCCAUAAUUGAUUAUGAUUUUAGUUAUUUUAUAGUUAAUUGUAGAAGAAUUUCCAAACAUGCGCUUAAUAAGUGUUUGGUGCCAGUUUUUUAGGGAGUUGUAAUUCUUUAUGAUGUAAACGGUCUUAGUUAGUUACUUCCAGAGUUUUUUAUGCAGUAUCUUGCCAUGCGCAGGUAGUUAAUUCAGUGAGAUAAAUUUAAAUUUCCUUUGGGACAAAUAAUGAGAAAACAGCCUUGUCUUUUUUUGUCA